CUCUCACAAUUAUUUUUUCAUUUUAUUAGAAGAUUGUUGAUUAAUAAGAAUUUUAAGGUAUCUCUUAAUAGGCAUUUGUAAUAGGCAGUAGGUAGAUAUUCUGUGGCUGCAGAUCCUGUGACACAUACCUGUGGGGGUAACUUCAGCCCCUGGAGAUGGUCACAAACCAGUUAAACAGAAAAACUCAAAGGCCUGACUAACUUGCUGACUUCCGCAGUGUCCUUGCGUGGGAGAUGUAGAGAAAUUGGAAACACUGUCAGAGGACAAGGUUUGCUUAGUAUAUGAAGACUUUGCCCUUGAUAUUUCCUCUGUUUGGAAUAUUUUCCCCCAUAUCUGCCUCAAAUUUCCCUUCUCUAGUAGGCAGAAUAAUGCUCCCCUCCCCCAAUAGGUCCACAUACUAAUUCCUAGAACUGUGAAUAUGUUUCAUGGCAAGAAGAAUUAAGGUUGCAGAUGGAAUUAAAGGGCUAAUCAGCUGACCUUGAGUCGGGAUUAUCCAGGUGGGCCCAAUAUAAUCACAACGAUCCUUAUAAGUGGAAGAAGGAAGUAGAAGAGAGAUAAUCAGAGAGACAGCCAUGUUGGGAGGAUUCAAACUGACAUUAAUGGCCUUGAAGAGGAAGGAAUGGGGACAAAAGCCAAGGAAUGUGGGCAGCCUCUAGAAGCUGAAAAAGACAAGGAAAUAGAAUCUCUCCUACAGUCUCUAGAAAGAAUGAAGCCCCACUAACACCUCUCUGUCAGCCCUGGAAGACUCAUUUUGGACUUCUCACCUCAAGAAUUGUAAGAAAAUAAAUUCGUGUGGUUUUAAGCCAUCAGAUUGGUGGUAAUUUGUUACAUCAGUAGUAGGAAACAAAGACACCUCUUUAGCAGUUGAUCUCAGUUCCAAUGUCAACUUCCUAAUAAGACUUUCCUUGACAGCCCUCGCCUGCUAAAGUAUCUCCCCAACCACCAGGCGUUUUCUAUAACGCACUUUUUGUUUGCUUAUGAUUAUUGAAAAUUAUUGUAUUUCCAUGUCAUUGCUCUUCCCUCUCAUAAGAAUGUAAGUUAUAGAAAGGACUUUGUUGCUCUUAUUUACCUAUGUAUCUCCAUUGCUUAGGACAUGGAAACAUAGUAGACAUUCAAAAAUAUUUGUUGUGUGAAUGAGCCGUAAGCUAAUGAGGACCAUAAAACUCAUGCCACUGCUAAAUCACAAUUACAGGGCAGCUGUUAGAAGAGUCCCAAACCCAGUAAGUCCUGUGUUGCAAGGAACUGUCCAAUAGAAAACAGGAAUAAAAACAGAAUUAGCAAGAAUAAUAUGAAAUCAGUUGCUUAAUUCCAGGCAGUGGAGGCAGAAAUCUUGAAUAGUAAAUACUCUCCGUGAACAAGUGCAGACAAGAGUCCCGUGAUUGCCAAUAAGUAAUCAGUUUGGAAAGACCAGAGAGGGGUCAAAUAUAGGUAAACUGAGUAAAUGACAUAAACUGCUCAUUCAUCACAAUUAUUAAAAGAUCACACACAAAAAUACAUUAACAGGAGAAAAAUAGUAAAACAGGACAAAACAGUAAAAUUACUUUCUUUUACUACUGAUGGGUCAAUUUUCUACUGGAAAUUCUGAAAAGCAUCAGGUUCAGCUAAAGACUGCUGUGUUGAUCAUCUCUCCAGUUUUCCUAGUCUGAAAUGAAAUAAGCAGACCUGGUACUUAAAAAGACACUUUAAGAAAGGGCUGGCCCCAGAGAGGCAGGAUCCGCCUAGCCCAGUGAGUGAGGCCAUCCUGACACCUCGUCAAUGCCCUGGUGUCAACAUUCUAGAAAACGGACUCCUGGCUCAUUGCUCCGCCUAGAGCCGCGCCACCUCCAAAGGGUAGCACCGGCCACCCGCUCCGCAAAGCCCACUUCUUAGCCGCGCAAAACUAGAGGGUAGUUGUCCCGAAGGGGCCUGAGCGCUCACUCAGCCAGCCAAUGGCCACGGAGCUAGGGCGGGACCUGAGGGUAUCCUGCCAAUGGGAGUACGGCAGGGCUGGAGGGAGUGCCUGGGUCUCAGGGCUGCGGUGGAGUUCGCACCCCCAGCACCGGCCGAUGUGGAAACUUUGGAUUGCUGAAGAGGGCGCGGCGGCGCUCGGCGGCGCGCUCUUCCUGCUGCUCUUCGCGCUGGGGGUCCGCCAGCUGCUGAAGCAGAGGCGGCCGAUGGGCUUUCCCCCGGGGCCGCCGGGGCUGCCAUUUAUCGGCAACAUCUAUUCCCUGGCAGCCUCAUCCGAGCUUCCCCAUGUCUACAUGAGAAAGCAGAGCCAGGUGUACGGAGAGGUACAGCCCCGACGGGCCCCGGGCAGGGAGGGCCGCCAGGCUGGCCCGGGCUGGCCAGGGCCUUCCUGGUUGGACUUAUGGCCGCUCCUGGGCCGACUAGUUGGGACCUCUCCGUGUGCCGGCUGCCCUUUGAGGGUCACCCGCUUCCCGGGUCUGGAAGGGAGAAGUCCUCGACGCCCUGCCCCUGCCGGUGACCCACUCCGGGCCGAGGCCCCGAGGCGAUCUAGGCCUGAUUUUCCCGCUACCGCUCGAGCUCUUUCUCCUGCGCCUGCGCCGUUUGGCCCGCCCGCCGCGCGGCCACUUCAGGUCUAGGGUGGACGCCUGCCCUCAGGUGCGGGCGUCUUGCUAGUCGGCCUCGCAGCUCUGUGGAAGCUGCACGCGGCUUGUCGGAAAAUCAAGGCGUUCUGAGUUCUAGAUGGUUAAUAGCAGGUUCUUCGGUGUCUGCAGUCGACGAACGACUGGUGUAGGCGUUUGCUGUGAGAAUGGAGAACGCAGGGGAACGCCCCUGACUGAGAAGCGGGCCCUGGGAAACGAUUGUGAACGCGUGAAUGAAUUGAUGACUAAAAUCUGCUGCGGGGGUCCUCCAGCGCAGAUGGCAAUGCUGUUCUGACUGGCUGGGAACGGUCCCUUAGCAGAUACUUAAAAGGCGCCUUCUGUGUGCCACUGUCACUGCCAACUUGGUGACUCACUUAAAACUCACAACCAGCCGGUGAGGUCGGUACUUCGCUCCUCCUCAUUCUGCGGAGGAGAAAGCAGCACGGAAAUGCCCUGUGACUGGCAGCGGAGAAGGCGACCCCCGCUUGUGUGUGGGUGUCCCGACGUCCGGAGGGGGCAGGAGUUUCCACGGGUCCUGGCCAGAGCUCACCUGUUUUGUUUUGAAUUACACUUAUUUAUAUGCAACUACAGGCCUGACGCUAGCGGUGAAGAAGGCAGAUACAGCCUUUUAAGGAGUUGGCAGAUGAGUGGGAGAGAGAAAACUAAUCUCAUUAUCGGCCACAGGCUGUGGUCAGUGUUUUGAAGGAAAAGUACAGGGAUGUUUGGCAACUGUGGUAUUUCAGGUUUGACCUUAAAUCCUUACUUAAGCCAAUUUUUACAAGAAUUGGUCUAGGUGCCCAGGCGCGGUGGCUCACGCCUGUAAUCCCAGCACUUUAGGAGGCCGAGGCGGGCGGAUCACGAAAUCAGGAGAUCGAGACUGUCCUGGCUAAUACGGUGAAACCCCAUCUCUACUAAAAGAAUACAAAAAAUUAGCCGGGCGUGGUGGCGGGCGCCUAUGUAGUCCCAGCUAUUCGGGAGGCUGAGGCAGGAGAAUGGUGUGAACCCGGGAGGCGGAGCUUUCAGUGAGCCGAGAUCGCGCCACUGCACUCCAGCCUGGGCAACAGAGCCAGACUCCGUCUCAAAAAAAAAAAAAAAAAAAAAAAAAAAGGAAUUGGUCUAGGUUUCUAGAAUAGAAAGCCACUAAUGGUUUACGUUCCUUUCAUGGUUUACUAAUAGUUUACGUUGUUAAAGGGAAGCUGGACGAGAUAACAAAAAUCUUCAGUUUAGAUCUUGGAGGCAUAUCAACUGUGGUUCUAAAUGGCUAUGAUGUAGUAAAGGAAUGCCUUGUUCAUCAAAGUGAAAUUUUUGCAGACAGACCAUGCCUUCCUUUAUUCAUGAAGAUGACAAAAAUGGGAGGCUUACUCAAUUCCAGAUAUGGCCGAGGAUGGGUCGAUCACAGACGAUUAGCUGUAAACAGUUUUCGAUAUUUUGGAUAUGGCCAAAAGUCUUUUGAAUCUAAAAUCUUGGAAGAAACCAAAUUUUUCAUUGAUGCUAUUGAAACUUACAAAGGUAGACCUUUUGACUUUAAACAGUUAAUAACGAAUGCUGUUUCAAACAUAACUAAUCUGAUCAUUUUUGGAGAACGAUUCACUUAUGAAGACACCGAUUUUCAGCACAUGAUUGAGUUAUUUAGUGAAAACGUGGAACUAGCUGCCAGUGCCUCAGUCUUCUUGUAUAAUGCCUUUCCAUGGAUUGGCAUCCUGCCUUUUGGAAAACAUCAACAGCUGUUUAGAAAUGCAGCUGUAGUCUAUGAUUUUCUCUCCAGACUCAUUGAAAAAGCUUCAGUCAACAGAAAGCCUCAGCUACCUCAGCAUUUUGUUGAUGCUUAUUUAGAUGAGAUGGAUCAAGGUAAAAAUGACCCAUCAUCUACUUUCUCCAAAGAAAAUCUAAUUUUCUCAGUGGGUGAACUCAUCAUUGCUGGAACUGAAACUACAACCAAUGUGCUACGGUGGGCAAUUCUUUUCAUGGCCCUUUAUCCUAAUAUUCAAGGACAAGUUCAGAAAGAGAUUGAUUUAAUUAUGGGCCCCAAUGGGAAGCCUUCUUGGGACGACAAAUGCAAAAUGCCUUAUACUGAGGCAGUUUUGCAUGAAGUUUUAAGAUUCUGUAAUAUAGUUCCAUUAGGGAUUUUCCAUGCAACCUCUGAAGAUGCAGUUGUACGUGGUUAUUCCAUUCCUAAAGGCACAACAGUAAUUACAAAUCUUUAUUCUGUACACUUUGAUGAAAAGUACUGGAGAGACCCAGAAGUGUUCCAUCCUGAGCGAUUUCUGGACAGCAGUGGAUAUUUUGCCAAGAAGGACGCUUUGGUUCCUUUUUCCCUAGGGAGAAGACAUUGUCUUGGAGAACAGUUGGCUCGGAUGGAAAUGUUCUUGUUUUUUACAGCAUUGCUUCAGAGGUUUCAUUUGCAUUUUCCACAUGAACUAGUUCCAGAUCUGAAGCCCAGGUUAGGCAUGACAUUGCAGCCCCAACCCUACCUCAUCUGUGCUGAAAGACGCUGAAAGUGCCUGGAUGUUUUCGGGAACAAGGAUGUAUAUUUGCCUUAUCCCUGAACUUGGUUUAAUCAAAUCAAUGUGUGUAUUAGAAUAAAAGUCACAGCAUCAUAAAGCCAAAUGAACACAGAUGUGUCUUAAAAUAGUACUAGAGCAGAAACAAGCACUAGUCGUGAUUGUUUUUCAAGAUUUUAUGACUUCUGGGGUAAAAUUCUCUGUUGAGACACACAAAGGUGCAAAUGAUGGGUGCUGCUUAAAAUGCUAAGAAGGGACAUGGACGCCCUAAGCAGAGCAUCUUGUUUAGUACCAGGUACUUUCAACCCUUCUUGACUCCAUCUGGCUUCUGUCCUGGGGGUCCUUGGUUCCAGAAACCAGCUCCCUUCUGAUUAGGUAUUGUCAUUAAUAAACUGUGUGGUACCAGUCCAGUUUAAUAGAGGACUACAGAAGAAAUUAAAACCCAAAUAAAUGUGUUUGGACUAUAGAGGUAUUUUAGAUAUGGCGGGAGAUGGCAGAAGAAAUAUGUGUUUAAUGUAGAGCCUGCCAGUGCUUUCAUAUCUUGCUCCCUGCUCUGUCUUCAUAAGAACUGUGUCACUCUUCUUAUAAAUGAAGGUCUGUGUGACCCUGAGUGUCCAUCUUCAUAGCAGUUAAGUAGAUAGGACAUUACAAUAAUAUAUUUAAAAUUUAAAAUGAUACAUGGCUAUUGAAUCUUUGUUGGCA